AUGUGGAAGAAGGUGCUUUGCAAAACAGAACAAUUGAAAGAUGAGUUAAGAGGCAUACAGCUGAACCAUCCACAACUCCAGCAUCUCAGAAUCCUGCUACAUGGACCAGUGGGAGCAGGAAAAUCCUGCUUCAUAAACUCUUUGCAGAGCGUCUUCCAGGGAGAAAUUAAAGCAAUCACAUAUGAACAAUCAUUUGCAAAGAAAAGCUGUACAAGGACUUACAAAACAUACAGAAUUAUCACCAAUAAUUCUGAGACUCUUCCCUUUAUCUUUAAUGAUGUUAUGGGCCUAGAAGCAACAGAGGAAGAUGGAAUGCAUCCUGAAGAUGUUGUAAAUGCAAUGCUGGGUCAUAUAAAGGAUGGAUACAAGUUUAAUCCUACUACCCCUAUAAGUGCUGAGGACCAAGGUUUCAUAAGAGAACCCAGUCUCCAGGACAAAGUUCAUUGUCUGGUGAGUGUGGUGCCUGCAAACUCCAUCUCCCGAAUGGAAUACGGCGUUAUCAGUAAGAUGGGAAUUGCUAGGGAAAAUGCCAAACGUCUAGGCAUCCCUCAUGUGGUGAUCAUGACGAAGGUAGAUGAAGACGUCUGUCCACUGGUUCAGAAGGAUCUAACACAGAUCUACAAAAGCAGGAAAAUCAAAGAAAAGGUUUGUUGUAUUCUGAUGUAUAUUCACUUAAACUCUUUACAUUUAGACUUUUUAGAGAAAACCAAAAAUGAAUCCUAUAGACAUAGACCAAUGCGGAACUGCAGCGACAGACUCGGCCCACCCAUGAAGUGCGUCUUCCCUAUCAGCAACUAUCACGAAGAGACUGAAAUAGACAACAACAAAGAUGUUCUGAUUCUGAUGGCAUUGUUGUACAUUGUGAAAGUAGCUAAAGAUUAUGUUAAAGUGUGACUUUGAUUUCAUUUUACAAAAAGGUUUUUAAGGAUCUGUAAUGUGAUUCUGUGACUGCACUGACUUUUUUUAAACACUGUUGAGUCUGAGAAUAACUGAAACCUACUGUAGGACAUAUUCAAUAUUGUACAUGUUGUAAAAGAGUUUGGGCACCCCUAAUCAUUUUCAUGGUUUUUGUUUAUAAAUCAAUGAUUGUUCAAAUCAGUAAUUUUAGUUAAAUAUAUCAUACAGCCUCUUCUUGUGUAAAGUGCGCUGAAUAGUUGAACGAUGCACAGCGACGCCAUCUGCAGUAAGAUGAUGUUGUAGGAAUAUUCCUUUUAACAGAGAAGUGGGGACAGACCAGUCAGGCCUGUUUAGAAUGCCAAUAAUUUGUGGAAUGUAAGAAGUCAAAACAUUUCAUGAUCUAUCUUGUCAAAAGAAAUACUUUCACUUUCAGAACUGAAACAGCACAAUACAGUAUUUUUCAAAGCCAUUAGAUUAGCAAACAUAACAGAGACGGGAUUACUUUUCUCAUUACUGCCUGUAAAAUGUAAUCUCAUUCCUUAUCACUUUACUUUACAUACAAAUACUUACAAGUACUCACAAUCUUGUUACAUGUUUUAUAUAAAAUAGGACCACAACACAGCAGAAUAAAUUCUGUUUGAUUUGUAAAUUAAACAAAUAUUUGCUAAUCUUUUACCAACUCUGAAUCUAAUAACACAUGUAUUUAAUUAUUCAAAACAUGUACUGGUCAAACUCAGACAGCUUCACUAUUUUUACAAGGUUUUCUUACAAUG